GGAGGCCGCCGCUGCACUUCCGCCCAGGUGAGGAGGCCGCUGCACUUCCGCCCAGGUGAGGCCAGCCGCUGCACUUCCGCCAGGUGGGGCGGCGGCGCCCGCGCAGCCCCGGGGCUCCCACAGUGCUGUCGCCUGACCAGGCUUUUUGAAAGUGAUUGAAAGGGAUAAUCCAAAAUGCCUGAAAAUCCUGCAGCAGAGAAAAUGCAGGUGCUGCAGGUCCUUGACCGCCUGAGACUGAGACUACAGGAGAAGGGAGACACGACACAGAACGAGAAGCUGUCCGUGUUUUAUGAGACGCUGAAGAGCCCUCUCUUCAACCAGAUCCUCACUCUCCAGCAGUCCAUCAAGCAGCUCAAGGGACAACUUAACCAUAUUCCUUCGGAUUGUUCAGCCAACUUUGAAUUUUCUCGGAAGGGUUUGUUAGUGUUCACGGAUGGUUCCAUUACAAAUGGGAAUGCCCACAGAUCUUGUAGUAAUUUAACUGCAUCUGGAUUGUUGCCUUGGAACCCAAAGUCAGGAAAUGAAGACUUUAACUCAGUCAUUCAGCAGAUGGCUCAGGGUCGGCAUGUUGAAUAUAUAGAUAUAGAACGCCCUUCAACUGGAGGCCUUGGAUUCAGUGUGGUGGCCCUGAGAAGCCAAAGUCUGGGAUUAAUUGAAAUCUUUGUGAAGGAGGUUCAUCCAGGGAGUGUAGCAGACAGGGAUCAAAGAUUGAAGGAAAAUGACCAGAUUUUGGCCAUUAAUGACACCCCAUUGGAUCAUAAUGUUUCCCAUCAGCAGGCGAUUGCAUUACUACAACAAACCACUGGGACUCUGCGUCUGGUUGUGGCCAGGGAAGUGGGCCACACACAGGACCGCACUUCCACCAGCUCAGCUGAUACAUCUCUGCCUGAAAUGGUGUUUUGGGGCCAUACUGAAGAGGUUGAGCUCAUUAAUGAUGGCUCUGGACUAGGUUUUGGGAUAGUUGGAGGAAAGUCAAGUGGUGUGGUUGUGAGGACUAUUGUUCCUGGAGGAUUGGCAGACCAAGAUGGGAGACUACAGACAGGGGACCACAUCUUGAAGAUUGGUGGUACAAAUGUGCAAGGGAUGACCAGUGAACAAGUUGCUCAGGUGCUAAGGAACUGUGGGAAUUCAGUGAGGAUGCUGGUGGCCAGAGACCCUGUUGGUCAAAUUGCAGUGACACCUCCUACACCUGUAUCCUUACCUGUUGCCCUGCCUACUAUAGCCAACAGGACCCUUGGUUCUGACUGUUCUCUUUUUGAAACUUACAAUGUUGAACUUGUUAAAAAAGAUGGACAGAGCCUUGGUAUUAGAAUUGUUGGCUAUGUUGGAGCAGCUCAUCCAGGGGAAGCUUCAGGGAUUUAUGUGAAAAGUAUAAUACCAGGCAGUGCUGCGUACCACAAUGGCCAAAUUCAAGUGAAUGACAAAAUAGUGGCUGUGGACGGUGUGAAUAUUCAGGGUUUUGCCAACCAGGAUGUUGUUGAAGUAUUACGAAAUGCAGGGCAGGUGGUUCACCUAACCCUAGUUCGCAGGAAAGCAUCUUCAUCAGAUUUUCCAUUUGAACAGCCUUCAGACAGAGGAACUGGUGCAGAACCGCCUAAAGUACCAGCCCUAACUGAAUCCCUGGAAACAGAAACUAAUGUGGGUAUAGAAGCAGAGGAAAUUGGAGAAAGACUGGAUAAUCUAAAAAACAACAACAUACAAGCCUUAGAAAAACCAGAUGUAUAUCCAGAGAAAGGCCAAAGCGCUCCGGAAAAUGAGCUGAAAUCCAGAUGGGAAAACCUACUGGGCCCAGAUUAUGAAGUAAUGGUAGCUACCUUGGACACACAGAUUGCAGAUGACGAGGAACUACAGAAGUAUUCAAAGCUGCUGCCUAUCCACACUCUGAGACUUGGUGUGGAAGUGGAUUCCUUUGAUGGACACCAUUAUAUCUCUUCAGUUGUUCCUGGUGGUCCAGUGGAUUCCCUGAAUCUCCUACAGCCGGAAGAUGAGCUUCUUGAGGUCAAUGGUGUGCAGCUCUAUGGGAGGUCUCGCCGAGAAGCAGUCUCCUUUCUUAAGGAAGUGCCCCCACCAUUUACGUUGGUUUGCUGUCGCCGGCUGUUUGAUGAUGAGGCCUCAGUUGAUGAGCCGAGAACCAUGGAACCAUCUCUUCUUGAGGCAGAGGUUGAUCGCAGUGUAGAUAUCAGCACUGAAGAUGAUGAUGAUGGGGAGUUAGCCCUGUGGUCUCCUGAAGUCAGGACUGUGGAGCUGGUGAAAGACUGUAAAGGCUUGGGCUUCAGCAUUUUGGAUUAUCAGGACCCCUUGGAUCCCACACGCUCAGUGAUUGUGAUUCGGUCCUUGGUAGCAGAUGGUGUAGCAGAAAGAAGUGGAGAACUUUUACCGGGAGAUCGCCUUGUCUCUGUCAAUGAGUUCUCUUUGGACAAUGCCACACUUGCUGAGGCUGUGGAAGUGUUGAAGGCUGUGCCCCCAGGUGCUGUGCACCUUGGCAUCUGUAAGCCUUUGGUGGAAGGUGAGAAGGAAGGAAGUUGUUUUAUUUUACAUUCAAACAACAAUGAAGACAACAAUGAGCCUUCAGAAGCUGUUGAUGACAUACAUUCAUCUUUAAUCCUUGAAGCACCCAAGGGAUUUAGAGAUGAGCCAUAUCUUGAAGAACUUGUGGAUGAACCAUUUUUAGAUAUGGGAAAGUCUUUGCAGUUCCAACAAAAAGAAAUGGACACCAGCUCAGAAGCCUGGGAAAUGCAUGAAUUUUUGAGCCCUCCACUCGAGGGAGGGGGCGAGGAAAGAGAGAUGCUUGUAGAUGAGGAAUAUGAACUCUAUCAAGAUCACCUCCGGGCCAUGGAGUUACACCCACUACCACACAUUCAGGAGGUCCGGCAUGCACCUUCCAGGCAGGAACUCCAGGUUGGCACACAGUGGCUGCAUGCUAGCCUCUCAGGAGAUGAAGCACCUGAGUGUCAAGAUCCAGAGUCUGGGCAGAGUUUAUAUUCCCAGGAAAUACAGCAGUGCAGCUACAACACUGCAGACAUGAUGGAAGAAACAUUUGGCCUUGAUUCGCGGCAGUCCAUGCCCUCCUCUGAAGGAAAUGGUCAGUGCAGCAGAUUUGAUGACAUGGAGCAUCUUCAUCUACUAACAAACAACAGCCUGGAUUUAGGCGUGAUGAUUCCAAGUGAUGCCCAAAGUCCUGACAUGCUUGUCGAUCUUCCAGCUGCUACUCAAAGAAGGGAGCAAGAAGAUUUGCCUUUGUACCGACUCCCCAGUGCCCGGGUUGCCUCCAGGCCUUCAUCGUACAUAGGAACGGUGUCUUCAAGAUAUGCGAGUGCUGCAUGUGAGUUACCCGAGAGAGAGGAAGGUGAAGGGGAGGAAACACCAAACUUCAGCCAUUGGGGUCCACCAAGAAUUGUUGAGAUUUUUAGAGAACCUAACGUGUCUCUUGGUAUCAGCAUUGUUGGUGGACAAACAGUUAUAAAACGCUUAAAGAAUGGAGAGGAGCUCAAGGGUAUAUUCAUCAAACAAGUGUUAGAAGAUAGUCCUGCAGGAAAAACCCAUGCACUUAAAACUGGAGACAAAAUACUUGAGGUGUCUGGCAUAGACCUGCAGAAUGCCUCGCAUGCAGAAGCUGUGGAGGCCAUCAAGAACGCAGGCAACCCCGUGGUGUUUGUGGUACAGAGCCUGUCAUCUACCCCCAGGGUCAUCCCAAGUGUGCAUAACAAAGGCAAACCACCUGCCAGGACCCAGGAUCAAGGCACUCAGGGACCAAGAGCAAAGGUAAGCAAGCCUUUGAGGACUUUUGAGGACUGCUUUGGUUUCUUUUCACAGCUGAACAGUGAAAAGAUCCGGCAAAGGUACGCAGACCUGCCUGGAGAACUGCACAUUAUCGAGCUGGAAAAGGAUAGGAAUGGCCUGGGGCUCAGUCUUGCUGGCAAUAAGGACAGGUCACGGAUGAGCAUAUUCGUGGUGGGCAUCAAACCGGAGGGGCCUGCUGCUGCAGAUGGACGGAUGCGGGUUGGAGACGAGCUGCUGGAGAUAAACAAUCAGAUCCUUUAUGGAAGAAGUCAUCAAAAUGCAUCUGCCAUUAUUAAAACUGCCCCAACCAGGGUCAAACUGGUUUUUAUUAGAAACGAAGACGCGGUCCAUCAGAUGGCUGUCGCUCCCUUCCUGCUACCAUCAAGCUCCCCAUCACCUGUUGAGGAGCUGGCUGGCACUGAACCUCUCAGUAGUGAGGAAGACAGCAGUGUGGACGUCAGACACCUGCCUGACACUGAAAGCCCCAAACCGGAAGACCUGUCAGAGGUGGUUGAGCACAACACGGUGGCAGAGCAACAGACGGCAUUGGAGUCACCUGACAGUGUGGCUGCCUGCCAGAUGAAACAACAAGCGUAUUCAGCUCAAGCCCCCGUCAGUUCCCAAGAGCUCCCACUGGCACCAAGCCCAUUGUGUCAGUCUGAAAAUGCAGACUUCACAGGCUCUGGUAACUUCCAGGCUCCUCUCUCAGUGGACCCUGCAACGUGUCCCAUUGUCCCUGGCCAGGAAAUGAUCAUAGAGAUAUCCAAGGGGCGCUCAGGGCUUGGUCUCAGCAUCGUAGGAGGAAGAGACACACCUUUGGAUGCUAUAGUUAUCCAUGAAGUCUAUGAAGAAGGUGCAGCAGCCAGAGAUGGAAGACUGUGGGCUGGAGACCAGAUUUUAGAGGUUAAUGGGGUUGACCUGAGGAGCUGCAGCCAUGAAGAAGCCAUCACAGCCCUGAGGCAGACUCCCCAGAAGGUGCGCCUGGUGGUGUACAGAGAUGAGGCGCAGUACAGAGAUGAGGAGAACUUGGAGGUGUUCCUUGUGGAUCUGCAGAAGAAGACUGGCCGAGGACUGGGCCUGAGCAUUGUUGGGAAACGGAGUGGAAGCGGAGUGUUUAUAUCUGAUAUUGUGAAAGGCGGAGCCGCAGACCUUGAUGGCAGAUUGAUUCAAGGAGACCAGAUCUUGUCUGUGAAUGGAGAGGACCUGAGACAUGCCUCACAGGAGACAGUGGCCACCAUCCUCAAGUGUGUCCAGGGCCUUGUGCAGCUGGAGAUUGGGAGACUCCGGGCUGGUUCCUGGGCUUCCUCUUGGAAGACCUCACAAAAUAGCCAGGGGGGUCAGCACAGUGCACAUAGCAGCGGCCGGCCUUCCUUGGCCCCAGUCAUCACUGGCCUACAAAACUUGGUUGGCACAAAAAGAGCUUCUGAUCCUCCCCAAAAAUGCGCAGAGAUGGGACCAAGAACUGUUGAGAUAAUCCGAGAGCUCAGUGAUGCCCUUGGAAUCAGUAUCGCUGGAGGAAAAGGAAGUCCUUUAGGAGAUAUCCCGAUAUUCAUUGCUAUGAUCCAGGCCAAUGGAGUGGCAGCACGUACCCAGAAGCUGAAGGUGGGAGAUCGGAUUGUGAGCAUUAACGGGCAACCCCUGGAUGGACUGUCUCACACGGAGGCUGUUAAUCUCCUGAAGAAUGCCUUCGGGCGCAUUAUCCUGCAGGUUGUGGCAGAUACCAAUAUAAGUGCCAUAGCGACUCAACUUGAAAUCAUGUCUGCAGGAUCUCCGACUACUGACCGCCAUCCAGAAGACACGGAAACACCUGCACCUAAGAUUAUUACUUUGGAGAAAGGCUCUGCAGGAUUGGGGCUUAGUAUUGUAGGGGGUUAUGGAAGUCCACACGGAGACCUGCCAAUUUAUGUCAAGACUAUAUUUCCAAAGGGAGCAGCUGCAGAGGACGGCCGAUUAAAACGAGGUGACCAGAUCUUGGCUGUCAAUGGGGAGACCCUGGAAGGUGUUACUCAUGAGCAAGCUGUGGCCAUUCUAAAGCAGCAGAGCGGGACUGUGGCCUUGACUGUGCUGCCCUGAGCGCUUGUCCUGAUCCUGAUCCUGACACACAGACGAGAACACAACAGGCUCUGUGGCUUCCGGUUGGGAUGAAAGUUGCCUCAGCUAAAACCCAGCAUCGUCAGUGGCUCUGAUUCUGUUUGCAGAAACAGGAGCUGCCGCCUCUGCUUCCUACCCACAUCCCGCAUUCCCACUGCGGCUUAACUGCAGCUCCUGCGGUUUCCUCUAAUGAGUGGAAACAAAGGUUUUGCUUGUCGUCUUAACUCGUGAUUUACUUAUGCUAAUUUGUCUCUUCAAAUAAGGCAGAAAACAUUAGCAGUGUAAUUAACUUCCUCACAACGAACUGUUCAUGCCCUGCCCUGGGAAUUGCUGCAGUCUCUUCCCUGUGACUGUAGUCAACUCCCCGUCUCUAGCUAGAUCUGGAUUGUUAGCCACUGAUCCUGAGGAGCCUCCACAGAUCCUGUAAUCCAUCCAGCAUUGGAAAGGCUUUGUAUCCAAGUUUCACAAGUGCACACUGCUUAUCAAGUGUGUCUUGAUCUCCUGCAGCCACACUGGCUCACAGGGCUGGAAAGCUUAUUCAGAGUGAUGAGCAUCUUAGCAGGUGGUGUCACCCCUACCUCUCCGCUGUAGACCACCAGCUGGGUAUCCUCGACCUUGUUCGAAGUGAGUGACAAGUUCGGUUUGCCUGUCCCUUACCUCCACACCAGUAGCACAGUCGCUCAGCUUGCCCCAGCUCUGUGCUGCACUUGAACAUAAAGUAACUGAACAAAUGACCUGGGGUCCGUGUGCUCAGCUUGAGUUUCCCAGUCUCCUCCUCCCAUUGGCUGAAGCUCUGCAGCUCAGAAAGCAACUGUAGCCGAAGCCCAGCUAGGAGAGUGAAAUGGACUGGAGGGGGGGGGGUGCUUGUCACUGAGUUCUGCAGAAUCUUCCAGUGAAAACGAAGGAGAGCACCUGAUGGACGAGCCCAAGGUCAGCAAUGGCCUAGUUCAGCAUCAUUUAGCCAUAACCCAGUGCUACACAUUGUUCAGUAAUCAACAGGAUUCCAUGGGCCCUAAUGUAAAAUGUUAUUUAAUUAGUGAGGAUUUUAACUGAGAUUCCCUUUGAGUAGAUGUAAUCACAGAAGCGUUAAUUCUUACUGUAAUAUUUUUGUGGCUAUUCCAAAGUGCAGAGUGCCUAAGUUUUAUGUUGACAAUGCUUUUCCAUGACUGGUAUUAAGUUUUUUGAGAUUCAUAGGGUUUUUAGAAUUUCUGAUGUAUCCAAGAUACAUGGUUUUGUUAGGAUCCCAUCUCCCAGCCUCAGUGCUCUGUGUAAAUGAAGCUUGUAAGAACACCUCAAGCGGCAGAGACCAAAUGAAGCCCAGAGGAAAAUGCACCUUAGAAAAUAAAGGUAGCUGCAUUGAUGAUUUCAAAGUGUGAUUCGGCUUCAUUUUGAUGGAAUGACCCUAAAUACACAUUUUG